UCCGUGCUCAGCUCGGGCCGCCGCCGGCCGCCCCCUCCGCGGGCCAUGCGGCCGCUGCUGCCGCUGCUGCUGCUGCUCGGGCCGCUGGCGCUGGCGCAGCCCCGGGAGCUGCUCCCCGCGGGCGCCCAGUGCCUGGAGCACGAGUGUUUCGCCGUGUUCUGGGAGUCCCGGCCCUUCUCCGGCGCCAGCGAGGGCUGCCAGCGGGCCGGGGGGCACCUCAUGACCGUGCGCUCCACCGUGGCCGAGGAGGCGAUCGUGCUGCUGCUGCAGAACCGCCCUGGCCGGCUCUGGCUGGGGCUGUCGCUGUCGCCCACCUUGUCCUGCACCGAGCCCGGCUGGCGGCUCCGCGGCUUCCGCUGGGUCACGGGCGACAGCAGCACCGAUUACAUCAACUGGGCUCCGUCGGGGAAGCGCUGCGGCGAGCGCUGCGUGACCGUGUCCCGGGAGCUGCGCUGGGAGGAGCGGCGCUGCGAGGAGCCGGCCGACGGCUUCCUCUGCCAGUACAGCUACGGCGGCAGCUGUCCCCGCCUGGCCGCCCCGCACGGCGCGACCGUCAACUACCGCACCCCUUUCGGUGCCCGCGGAACCGAGUUCCUGGCGCUGCCUCCGCUCAGCCUGGCCUUGGUCCCCGAGCUCGGGCUGGAGCUGCGCUGCGAGGACGGCGAGGGCGCGGGGCCGGGCUGGGCCCGGGAGGCUCCGGGAGCGUGGCCGUGCCGGCUGGCGGGCGGGGGCUGCGCGGGGACGUGCGCGGAGGAGCGCGGGGAAGCGCGCUGCUCCUGCCCCGAGGGCUCGCUGCUGGCCGCGGACGGGCGCGGGUGCCGCUCGCCCUGCGAGGGGGCGCAGUGCCAGCACCACUGCGUGGUGGCCGGGGACUCCUUCGUGUGCAUGUGCGCCGUCGGCUACCGGCUGGCGGCCGACGGCAUCAGCUGCGAAGACAUCGACGACUGCGCCGCCGAGCCCGGCCCGUGCGAGCAGGAGUGCGUGAACACCCAGGGCGGCUUCGAGUGCCGCUGCCACCGCGGGUGGAUGAUGGAGGACGGGCGCUGCCAGCGGCUGCCCGCCUGCUGGGAGGCUCCGUGCGAGCACUUCUGCGAGGAGCUGCCGCACGGCUACCGCUGCUCCUGCCAGCCCGGCUACGCCGUGCACCCGCUGAACGCCACCCGCUGCGUCCUGUUCUGCAACACCACCGAGUGCCCGCCCGUCUGCGACGCCACCGGCUGCUAUUGUCCCGAGGGGUUCAUGCUGGACGGCGAAAUCUUUCUGUGCAUGGACGUGGACGAGUGCAACAGUGGCCACUGCCAGUUCAACUGCACCAAUACCCCCGGCAGCUUCCAGUGCCACUGUCCCCGCGGCUUCCACCUCCUCGGCAUAGACUGCGUCCCCGUCCUGGGCGGGGGGGACGGCGAGGAAGAGUUCUCGGGGGACUUGGAGCCCGGCUCGCCCACGGCCGUGCCCAGCCGGGCCCCGCCGAAAGCGGAGGGGCUGCACCCCGGGGCGCUGGUGGGCAUCGCCGCCGGAGCCCUCCUGAGCCUGCUGGCCCUGCUGGCUGCGGGGUUCCACCUGUCCAGGAAGCGCUGCGGCUCCCAGGGCUCGGGGGAUUACAAGUACAGCGGCCCCCAGGAGAAGGAGCUGGGGCUGCAGCCCGUCCCCGCCGCGCAGAAGCCGUAGGGACAGCGGGCAGGACGGACAGCGGGAGGCCGAACUGGGGGACCUUCACCCUCCCCUCCUUCCCCCACUCCGCCCCUCCCGGCUGGAAUUUU